AUGAUCAUCUUUGUCGGUAAACUCAACUACUCUCCUUAUGCCUCGGACGAGCUAUUCUCGGUCGUCUUCCGAGACAACGUUCAGCUUGGCGACAGCGUGACUGUCAUUCACCAAUGGUCGAAAGAUGCCAGCGGAAAAUCGAAAGCUAACUCUGCUCAUCACGGCACCGUCAACAAAGUGACUCUUGUUGAUACGGCGGAGAAGGAUAUUGAAAUCUUCUCGGAUGAGAAGGACCUGACUUAUUAUUGGUACAAGGGAAAGGUCUUGGGUGAGAAGUUGACAUUGUCCAUGUUCAACAAAGGGGGAGAAGAGGUUGCGAAGAAUAUUCAGCUGCAGAUUGCUUUCUUCUGA